AUGUGCAGUCUUAAGUGCUGCAGUCUCAGAGCCCUUUUUCUAUUGCUGCUCUAUAGGUCCGUGCAAAUUCCUGAAGCUGAAGGGAAAACUGAAAUUCUACCUCCAACAAUACAAAAAAUAGUAAAAGGGUACAACAAGUAUCUACGUCCAUUUUUUGAUAAUGGUCCUGUGUCAGUUGGAAUGAGUAUGGAUAUUGCAAGCAUUGAUACAAUAUCAGAAAUAAAUAUGGACUACACAGCUACCAUAUUUCUAAGGCAGCGAUGGACUGAUGAGAGACUUUGUUUCGAUGGAAAUAAGAGUUUGAGCUUAGAUGGUCGACUUGUGGAAAUGCUUUGGGUACCAGAUACCUUUAUAGUUGAUUCAAAAAGGUCUUUUCUUCAUGAUGUCACUGUUGAGAAUCGUCUUAUAAGGAUAUACCCUAAUGGAACAGUCUUGUAUGCUAUAAGGAUCACCACAACUGUUUCAUGCAGCAUGGAUCUGACUAAAUAUCCAAUGGAUAAGCAGACAUGUACUUUGCAACUGGAGAGCUGGGGCUAUAACAUCAAUGAUGUCAUAUUUUAUUGGACCAGAGGAAAUGAUUCAGUUCGAGGUUUGGACACACUCCAGCUGGCACAGUACACAGUAGAAGACCACUUUACCUCUGUAACUGAAGCUGUGUAUGAGACAGGACGUUACCCAAAACUUGUGUUUCACUUUGAACUCAAGAGAAACAUCUUGUAUUUCAUAUUAGAGACAUAUGUACCAUCAAUCCUCCUGGUGGUGCUCUCCUGGGUGUCGUUUUGGAUAAGCCAGUCGUCGGUUCCAGCCAGAAUCUGCAUAGGUGUCACCACCGUCCUUACGAUGACAACACUGAUGAUGGGAGCCAGGACUUCACUCCCAAAUGCUAAUUGCUUUAUUAAGGCAAUUGAUGUGUACCUUGGUAUCUGCUUCAGCUUCAUCUUUGGAGCACUGUUAGAGUAUGCUGUGACUCAUUUCUGCACUCUGCACCAACUCAGCUCAAAGGAGCUUCCAAAGAUUAUUGAUGAUGAUGAUGAUGAAGAAGAGAAGAAUGGAGUCCUGGCAGCAGUGGCCAACAGUUGCAGUGCCCCUGACAACACAAGCAAGACCGAUACAAACAAAAGCAAACAAACCAGCAUUGACAGAAAAAGGGAGAUGAGUCAACACAGUGGGUGUAGUUCAGCAAUGUCAGUAAUGAAAAGACUUUUCUGUAUCUUUGAUUGCUUCCAUGUUAAAAAUCCUUACCACAUAGAUAACUACGCCAGAUUCUCUUUCCCCUUAUCAUUCAUCAUAAUUAAUGUACUUUAUUGGGUGUAUUAUUUGUAUUUCUAA